AUGUCGUUCUUCACGAGCUUCUUCGCGGGGCAUGACGCCAAGGUGCGCUCGCUCGACGAGGCGAGCCCGCUGCUUGGCCCAUGCAAAACCACCAAGCCUGCCCGUCCAUGGCUGUAUGAGGCCCAGUCGCUCCUGCUACUGGCACUCCCGCUGGUCCUUAGCUCGGCGCUCGAUCAUGUCGCUGGCGUUGUGCCCAUCAUGAUGAUGGGCCACCUCAGCAGCGAGUACAGCAAAGCGUACAUCUCCGCGAUCGCGAUGGCCACGACCUUUCUCGUCUUGACGUCGUGGACCGUCAUCUGGGGCACGGGCGCCGCCAUGGACACGCUCUGUUCGCAGUCGUACGGCGCCGGACAGUCGCAGGACAUGGGUCUCGUCUUUCAAGCCGGCUUGCUCGCGGGUAUGAUUCUCCUCACGCCGAUGCUCGCGCUGGGCUUCUUUGCCAAAGAGUGUCUCUUGCUGCUCGGGCAGUCGGACGAAGUUGCGGACCUUGCUUCGAACCUCGUGACCAUCAUGUUACCCGCGCUGCCGCUUUGCCUCUUCUACGACCUCCUGCGCCGCGUGCUGCAGGGGCAAAACAUUGUUGCACCGCUCACGCUCGUAUCCCUUGUGUGUGUGCCGCUGAACCUCAGCAUCAACUACGUACUUAUGUUCCACACGUCGCUCGGGUACCUUGGCCGCGCGGUCGGGGCUAGCAUCAUGGGGCUGCUCUCGCCGCUGCUGCUGGUGCCCUACAUGAUGCGCACGUCGUUGUACACGACCGAGUGGCGCGGCUGGGACCUCGUCGCCGCCAUGGCGCUCGUGCCCGAAGUGCUUGCACUUGGGAUCGCCGGCGCCGCCAUGCACGGGUUUGAGCUAUGGGGCAUUGCGCUCACGUCCAUCAUCGCCGGCAAUUUGCCGCACGGCGAGACCGCCAUCAGCGCUGACGCGUGCAUGCAUUCCUUCCGCGGCUUUUUCUACAUGGUCUACGGUCCGAUCGGGGUCGCGGGCUCGAUCCGCGUUGGCAACGCGCUCGGGGCCAACGACCCGGUGCGCGCCAAGGUCGUGGCGUGGCAGACGGUCGGCAUCUGCGGCACCUUGGGCCUCGGCGCGGCGUUCCUCAUGGUCUGGCUGCGCCUCUCGUACCCGUACACGUAUACGAACGACCUCGCCGUUGUCUACUUGACGUCGCAGCUCCUCCUCGUCUGUGCGCCGUUCCAGGCAGCCUGCGGCGUCUACGCCGCGAUCAACGGCAUCUUUCGCGGCACGGGCCAGCAGACCCGCGGUGCGGUGCUCAAUGGUGUCGCGUACAUUGGGAUUGGUCUCCCGCUCGGUGCCGCGCUCGCCUAUGCCAACUCGAGCGGCAUUGUCGGUCUCUGGAUUGGGAUGUCGGUGGCCUUUCUCUGCUGUGCGGUCUAUGGCGUCUACUGGCUCUACCAUGUCGACUGGGCCGUCCUCGCCACCGACGCCCAAGUCCGCACGCACGAGACGUUGCAUCCGGCGACGACCGAGUUGUACCACGUCAUUGCGGGACCUGCCAAGUAG